UGUUGGUCGUUGCAAACGCUCGGUGCUGGCCUUAGUUGCGCUCUACGUUCUUACGUAAUUUUCUGGACCAAGUCAAAUAAUGUGAAAGUAAUUAAAUAUAAACGGACAGACAAAAACUCAUUAAAGUUUAAACAACAGGUCUUCAUUCCAAUGACACCAACGUCAAAACAAAACUCAUUUAACUCCCAAGAUGCUUGUGGCGUGUCCACGUACCAAGAAGUCCAAUUUGACGUAGAACCACAGCAGUAAUGGACGUCAUAGGGGGAUUUAAUAACACCACAAACACCUUGGACGAAUGGAGUCAAAUUAGGGAGCGAAACACGACGGGUGAUGAUAUAAUCGAUAACAAAGUGGUACAAGCCCUAUUUUUUAUUUUGUACACGACCAUUUUUGUGCUUGGUAUCUUCGGAAACGUUUUGGUGUGCUAUGUUGUGUUUAGAAACCGAGCAAUGCAGACUGUCACCAACUUGUUCAUAACAAAUUUGGCGCUCUCCGACAUACUUCUGUGCAUACUCGCCGUGCCGUUUACGCCGCUGUAUACGUUUUUGGGAAGGUGGGUCUUUGGGAAAGUGAUCUGCCAUUUGGUCUCCUACGCGCAAGGAGCGAGCGUAUACAUUUCAACUCUGACAUUAACAUCGAUAGCGAUCGAUCGAUUUUUCGUAAUCAUCUACCCAUUUCACCCACGCAUGAAGUUGUCCACGUGCAUCGUGAUUAUUGUGAACAUAUGGCUUUUCUCGAUUUUGGUCACUUUGCCCUACGGAGUAUACAUGAGGCACAAAAAGGUAGACAAUAGCUCUAAUCCCAAAUAUUUCUGUGAGGAAGACUGGCCUAAAGAGGAUUACCGCAAGAUCUUCGGAGGUUUGACAACGAUGAUGCAAUUCGUUAUUCCGUUCUUUAUGAUGGCUUUCUGCUACAUUUGCGUGUCGCUGCGCUUGAACGACAGAGCGCGAAGUAAGCCUGGAUCGAAAAGCUCGAAGAAAGAGGAGGCGGAUCGCGAACGAAAGCGACGCACCAACAGAAUGCUGAUAGCCAUGGUCGUCAUUUUUCUGCUGUCUUGGCUGCCUCUGAAUACAAUUAAUAUCAUCAACGAUUUUUAUGUCCAAACCGGCGACUGGCAGUACUAUUUCCUCAGUUUCUUUAUGGUGCACUCAAUGGCCAUGUCAUCGACUUGCUACAACCCUUUUUUAUACGCCUGGUUAAACGAAAAUUUCCGCAAGGAAUUCAAGCAAGUACUCCCAUGCUUUGAUCCGUCUGCUAGCAGAGCGGUUCCGGGAAAUCGAUCGGGAAACUGGCGAUCGGAGAGAACUUGUAACGGAAAUAACGAAACGCAACAAGAUUCCCUGCUACAUUCCGGCAUCCAUCGAGCUGCUUCGAUUCGUAGCCAGAAAGCCAUUCAAUUGCCGCCGAUGAAGACCGAUAGCGUCGAAGUGGAAAACGUCUUGGUACCUACAUCAGGUGCGAUGUACGACACGGCCUCUGAUACUGUACGACUGAAAUUUAUUAAUGAGGAGUCUCCACCACCGUAUUUAGCCGCAAUUAAGUCUGAAGAAUAGAAUUGAUUUCGUUCAACUGCUAAAAGUGGCGAGGCUCAACGUAGAAUUAGACUUAAAAAAGUAAGUGUGAAUAAAAUGUGUGAUAAAACAAAAAUUAACUGUGGUGACAUAACUGAUACUUACCUCAGUCCAUUUUGAAUGACAAAUAAAGUCAUUUUAUUGUUCAGGCCAGGCUAGGCCGAUCGUGAGGAGAAUAUUUGCGCAACUUCCACACUAAUGCUCUAUCUUUGGAAAUGUAUUUGUAACCGCAAUUAAGGAUUAAAACAUUCUCCUCAUUCACAGACUGGGAAAAAAUCGUAUAUCGCUUAGUAAAAGUAGUACCUACUUCCGAUUCGAUAAUUGCUCCGAUUCAUUGCGUUUCAUUUUAGAAAAUUAAACUUCCCGUGUUUAGAAUUUCUAAGGAAACGAGCCAUUUUUCGGUCUCACUGAAUUUUAAAUUAAAAAAGAACUUAACAUAAAUUUAAUCCUAAUUUUAAUUGAAUAGUUGUAUGUAUUCGUAUAGGCUUUAGGGCAGAAAGAACGAAUGGGUAUUAUUUUCUCAGAAAUCUUAAUAUACGAAGCUUUUGGAGAAAGUAUAUCAUUGAGAGUCUCCCAAAAUGUCAAACGGAAAUUACACUCAACCAGCCUUCAAUCAAGGCGUUUCUUGCACCAAACCAUGGGUCUCAUUCAACUGGAGACCGUGGCUGAUGGUGGGUUCAUAAGUAAGAACUUAAUUCUUAUAACUUCAAAACUUCAUGCCAUGGACUUAUUCCUUAAAAUGUAUGAAUUUCCUAAACGCCCGUCAAUACGAAAAUCGCGCUCAUUCUUUGUCAUCUGUGGACUUCUUAGGCACACGCACCUUACAAGUUUCUCUUAUCAUUAGGAGCACGCACGGUUUUGAGUACAGUUUUAUGAUGGUAACUAACAACACGCUAUUUAGUGCCACUUUUCCCUAUUUAAAAAGAGAUAAUCUAAAACGCCGCAUAAGGUAUGCGUUUUACGCUGCUGACAGAUGCCCAAGUUUCAAUAGGGGAUUCUUUUUCAGUGUUUAAUCCGAUAUUCUCUAUAAGAGCGACGAGUACGUUCUUUACGUAUAUUCAAUAGCUACUCGGGAGUAGUGCCCUGAAAAUAGACCUUCUUAAUAGCACGCGAUUACGAACAAAGCUUUCGUAGCGCGAGCUUUUUGUUCAAAUAUAAGAAUAAAGGAGUUAGCGAUCAAGAGAGAAACAAAACGCUUUUACGAUACGAUGCAUGGCUUCCAAAGGGAAGAGGAACUGAUUGCUCUUUUCAACAAUGAGUUUAAUUCAUAAAGAUCUUUAUUAAUAUUUUUUAAUCAUGCUAGUCUCUUCUAGAGUGGGAUCUAACCCAUUCCUCACUGGUUUUACCGGGAAGCAAGUUCGGUCAACUUGAAGUAUCUCCUCGAGUAUCUCUCUCCCUUCCAGGAGGGAAACUACACCUCCAUUCAAUAAUUGUAGUUAACUCACACCAAACAAAACUUUGAAAAAAUUGUGCGUUUUCAAUUUUCUAGUUUUCUUCCAUCGACUGCGAUAGCUUUGUAACAGUUUUAACACUUUAAACCUUCAAUUAGCCCAACAACGAAAGCACGUGACAGUUUUUCGCAAGUUUCCUAAGUCGUAGACAUCACUUCCUUCCUGAAACAAAACGGAGAGCGAUUAAACCCACUUAAUAAGGACUGACGUAAUGUUUAUCCUACCGUUACCUCAAUAACUUAAUGGCAUACAAGAACAAAGUGCUACGGAAGCUCUCAGCCUUUACCGUAAAUACCCACUUAAAUAAAUUCCCUUUAUGCACUGUACACGAUAAAGAAUUCAGCAACUUUUCAUUAAUUAGUACAAAAAAAAGGGGGAACUUACGCUCGCCUCUUAAUUAAAUAGAAGGAAGCAGUUUAUUUUACUUUUUUUUUUUAAAACUUAUUUCAUUAUAAAAAGAUUACACGUUGGAGACGGAAAGAAAACGCGAUGUCAACGCUGAAAUUGCGAUUCGAGUUUUAUUAAACACGCUCAUUUUACGGCUUCGUAGGAGAGCUGCCGCUAUUUAUGCAUUUUUAGAAUCAAACGUUUUUUUAAACAAAACUGAAAACUACGAAAGCGUAGAACGGACAAGGUAGUUCAAAUUAUGUAAUCCCGAGAUAUAAGUCGGGAUUAUACCUACGUAAUCCCGAGAUAUAAGUCGGGAUUAUACUU